AUGGUCCCAGGUAGCGAGAAGCUCACAGUAUUUGUGGGUAGUAUCAGUGCAGGCGUAAGUGAUGAGUGGCUGGAUAGAUUACUGAAUGCCGCCGGAAAUCUCGUUACUCUCAAUCGUGUUAGAGGCCCAACAGGCAAACCACAGGCUUUUGGAUUCGCGACGUUUGCCGAGCCAGAUAGUGUACUCCGAGCAAUCAAAACGCUUAAUGGCGUGUCAGUCCCCGCUGGUGAACGCGGUCAACCACGCAAGAAUCUGCUGGUGAAGCCAGACGAGAAAACGAGAGCAUUUCUAGACGAUUACGAGAAGACUCUGCUUAAAACAGACGAUGAGGAAUUGGAGGAGCACAGAGCAGAGGAAGUGAUAGCAAAGAUACUGGAUCACAUGUCAGAUCCAAACCUAUACGCUAGAGGCCCUAAUAUGAACAAUGCAGUUCCUAUAGCAGACGAUACACCUGCCCACCUUCGUGAUUUACCUCCAGAGGAGAUACCUGAGGCUCAUAGACAGGAGACACUCAACAUGAUCGAAAUGUUCAGAUCAGGCACUAUGGUAAACCCUGCUGUCAAAUCUAAGCAGGUGCAGAGACAGGAGAAAGAGCAGCGCGAUAAAGAGCGUUUGGAGAGAGAUCAGGCUGAGAGAGAAAGAGAACGCGAUCAGAAAUCUAACAUGAGAAAGUGGGGUAGUCGAAGCGGUAUCAGUGGCUCCAAUGUUAAUGAUCCACAGUCAUUCAAUAAACCUGUCGGCUUCGUAAGGUCGUCUUCUAGCCAUCAACAAGACAGAUCUGAAGACUUGCCAAUGACCUUAGAGCAAGCCUUGUCAAUGGCCGAGCAAGAUGAGAAAUCAGAAAAAGAUCGUCUGUCCAGGAGGUCUAGAGAUAGAGAACUGGCUUUCAGAGACCGUGAACGCAAGUUUGAAGGGAAGGAGAGAGCAAGACUAAAUGAAUAUGAUCGAGAUCUUGCAAGAGAAAGGGCAAAUGAUAGCUCUGACACUAGCGCGAGGGAGAGUGCAUUACAUAAGCUACUAGCAGUUGACGAUGAUAAACUAGCUGAAAAGAAUGAACUGUUCUACGUGAACAGACGCAAAUGGAGAAAUGGACGCUCACAAGCUAGACGGAAAGAAGAGACCGCAGAUGAAGCAGAUAAAGUGGCGGAAGUAAACGAAUCUGAAAAGGUUAAGAGAGACACUGAAGUUUUCUUAGAGCAACAAGCUAGAGAUAUGGAGAACUUCACUAAAGAGCAGAAGAAGAGAGGUGUUUUGAUGGAUGACGGUAUGCCGAUUAGAUUGUCAGCAGCCGCUCAGCCCACCCAAUAUACUGAGACGGCGGAGCCAUCCAAGCAAGCAGCACGUACCACAGCAUUCAACGAUGAGGAGGUUGAUGAAAACGGCGAGACAAUACAAAAGCGCAAACUUGUCAAACUCGACUACAGCGGUAUUGUUCCAGACAAAGAUGAUCUCACGCCGGAGCAGAGAGAGGCUGCGAGAAGAGUGCGAUUGAGAGAAAUUGCUAACGAUGUCCCAGAAGAUUACACAUCGUUAUCCAGAUUUGAUGUGAAUUGGGAUGCUAUAACAGAUGCAAUUAUCUCAAAGAGACUCAUACCCAUUACAAAGUCACUGAUGCAGGAGUAUUUCGGAGAAGCUGAUGAAGAAAUGAUGGAAAUUGUGAGCGAUCAGCUCAAAUCAAAGCAAGGUAUAGAUGAAUUUGUGGAGACGCUUGAGCCCGUGAUGCUUGAAGACUCAAAGACGGCUGCUAUCAAGAUAUGGCGUAGGUUGGUGUUUGAGGUGUUGACAUUUGAGGAGAAGUUGAGUACGGAAGGGUUUGAGUUGUAA